AUUAUAUGAUGCAAACAAGCACAGAUUCUUGAUAAACAAAUCACAUCUUGAAAAUCUCGUACACAAUUAGUAGAAAUCCUUUGAUUAAAUCGUACACAAUUGAUUAACUUUGCAUCGUGAUUGCAUAGAACACUGUUAGGGUCACGCUCAUUACAGAAGAGUACUCAUUAAAGAAGAAAGAAACACAAAUAAAAGACAAAAUUUCGAAAUACAAACAAUCUUUGUUUUUACAAUAAUUGAUAUUCCGUUUGCAUCACGCCUUUUUAUAAGCAAGACGCAAAAUUCUUCCGAGUCUGAACCCACGUCAACUUGCAAAAAUACUGAAGCGGCAUCUUGAAUAACGUAAUGCUUCGAAUAAACGCCCGGGCGUUUAUAAAAUUUUAGGGGCACCUGUUCGAGGAGGCGUUUAAAAAAGGGGUACGUUUAUUGAAUUGUUUCACUCCUCCUAGGCAAUAUGUUUAAAAAAACAUUUAACGAUGAUCGCACUUAGCGUGAAAUUCAUAGUAACAACUAAAUGAGUCUGGUUCUAGGAGUGUAAUUUAAAAAAACAUUUAAAUAUCUAGUUCAAAGUCAUCAUCAACAUAUUCUUCCUCGAUGAUGUUAUAAGAAGGAGCAGCUUCGGUUUCAUCUUCUUCCAAAUGGAUUUUCGUGUAAGCUUCCGUCGUCAAAAUGUUGCAUUUGUGCUUGCAGCAAAUCUCUGCCAUCAGCUCACUUUUUGCCUUCUUUAAAGCAGGGAAUUAUCUCAUUUUUGCUACCGUCAACUGGUAACGAAAAACCGCAAGCUUUCAUUGAAUGGGCCACCGUUUCUGCAGGUGUAGCUUGCCAAGCUUCGAUAACCUAAUCAACAAUGAGUUUCAUGUUACCAAUCAUCGUAAAACUUCUCGAUUUUCACUUGAAUAUAUUUGGUACAACCACCAGGGACGAUAACGCUAUCGAUCUUGCAUUUUGUCAACGAUUUCUUGACUUCUACGAACAAUAAACGCUACUCUGAAGUUUUGGAACUUUUGAAAAGAAAGGCGAAAUUUCCCACUGUAACGUUGAAAUUUAAAAAGAAGGGCGUAUAUCGUAAAUUUCCUUAUUAUUUCACAAAAUAAAGCUAAAGAAGCAUGGUAGUAUAUUGUUAAUUACCGUUCUUUGUGUUUCGAAAACACGCCCCUCUACAAGGGGGCGUCUAUUUGCUUUCAAUAUAUUGGGGGAGGUGCUCAUUUGAUAGGGAUACUCGUUUGAGAAGGGGUGCUCAUGAAAGAAUACGGUACACAUCUUGAGAGAUGGUAGGAAAUUUACCUCUAUUUAUCCCACUGCGUCCCUCUGCAACAAAGAGGUGCUUUACAGUGUGCAGCCUAAAACGUUUUUGAGUCAAUCGGCAAUGUUUAACUUGUGUGAACACUAACAACCACGUCUGUCAAAUUUUUUGUGGCCAAUCUUCCUUAUCAUAGCCUCUUGCUGGAUAUCGUGCUGCAAAAUGAGGCUGCAUGGCCUAAGCAGAUACACGCUUGUUUGGCCAUUUCUACGAAAGAGGACCUUCAAGUUAUUCAGGCAUCUGGCACUGUCACAUAAAGAUAUGGAUGCUACGGAUGCAACUUCAACUGAAAAGAAAGAGUGGGUACUAGAACAAGACAAUGAGCUACGGUUUGAAGUUGAGCUACAACACCAGGCAGAGCUAGUACUAACACAUGGCCAAGCAGAAAUUUUUGGGACAGAGCUGGUAAAAAACAAAGUGUACUCAUUCAGGUCUGGAGACAAAGUUGCUGUUUUUACAUGGCAUGGAUGUACAAUAGAGCUCCAAGGAAAGCUAGAAGCAGCAUACGUGGCAUCUGAGACACCAAUGGUAAUUUACUUGAAUCUUCAUGUUGCCAUGGAACAGCUGAGACAGAAAGCAGAGAAAAGCAUUCCACCAACAAUAGGACCAAAGGUGAUGGUUUGUGGACCGAUGGACGUAGGGAAAUCAACUCUCUGUCGACUGUUACUUAACUACGCAGUUCGGAUGGGAAGGCGGCCUAUCUAUGUAGAUUUGGACCUCGGGCAGGGCUCAAUAGCAAUACCAGGAACGAUAGGUGCCCUUCUGGUAGAACGACCUGCAGAUGUUGAAGAAGGCUUCUCAUUACAAACUCCACUAGUUUAUCACCAUGGUAUCAACAAUCCAAUGGCAAAUCUUAAACUUUAUUCUUGCCUUGUGGAAGAGGUUUCCAAGAACGUCCAUAAACGAUUCGAAGAGAAAGAGAAAGCUCGUGUGAGUGGCUGCAUUGUUAAUACUUGUGGAUGGGUGACUGGAGAAGGGUUCAGGCUGCUUUUAGAUAUAGCGAAAUCAUUUGACGUUAAUGCUGUUUUGGUGAUUGACCAAGAGAAAAUUUACAACCAGUUGAAAUCAAGACUGCCAGAUGCAGUUCAAGUUCUGCAUUUACCAAAAUCAGGAGGGGUCGUUGAAAGAAGUAAGGACGUACGAAGACAAAAAAGAGAUGAAAAAGUGCGAGAAUACUUUUAUGGCGGCAGAACACCGUUGUACCCUCAUGUUUUCGAUGUUAAUUUUGCAGAUAUCAAAAUUUAUAAAAUUGGAGCACCAUCUGUGCCAGAUUCCUGUUUGCCUCUUGGUAUGGAACCAGAGAUUAACGAGCUUAAAACAGUCCUUGUCCAUCCAAGUCGUGAUUUGCUUCACUGUGUUUGCUCUGUCAGCACUGCCAUUUCUGAACAAGAUGCUGUUACCUCAAAUGUUGCAGGCUUCAUCGUAAUAACAAAUGUUGAUAUGGAAAAUCAGACCUUUACCAUAUUAUCUCCAGCACCAAGACCGCUGCCUUACAAAAUUCUUCUGCUAAGUACUAUUAAAUUUAUGGAUUUAAAGUAAUCGAGUGUCCGCCAUUUUGUGAUGUCAUUCGAUGGCUUAGCCUCAACUCGUGCCAUUUCGCAGUAUUUGCUGGUCUCACUAUUGCAGACUAAAGUUAAAGGCCUAGUAUU